UGAAAGCCAGCCAAAGUUUCCCAUGAGGCCACCACGAGAACUCAGCUUGACCGCUCUGUAUGGGGCCUCUUACAUAUGAAUUGACAUGGAGGAUGAAGAUGGGACUUGCCUACUUGACGUUUUGUGUGACCCCCAAGCCCUGAACGACUUCCUUCAUGGGACAAAUGAGCUGCAGACUGAAGACCUGCUCAUUAACUCCUCCUCUGGGGAGCCCUCCCUCUUCACAGAUGCCCCGAGCCCCGUCUCUCUGCUGGGAGAUGACAGGGACUCCCCAGACACGCCUCCACCUGGGUGUGUGGAUUUGUCCUUCCUGGAGGAGGCCCUCCUGUCAUCGCCAGAGGGAGGAGAGGACCCACCGGUGGCACAGGGUGGGCCUGUGGAGGCGGGAUGUGAGGGGAAGGAGGGAGAAGUGGAGCAAGAGGAGGAGGAGGAGGUGGCAUGUGAUAUCCUGCAGCAAAGCCUCCAGGAGGCCGACAUCACUGAGCAGACCAUGGCUCUGGAGGCCGGCCUGGCCCAACCUGGGGAGGGCCUGUCCCUGUACUCACCUGCUCCUCUCCUCUCCCCACCCACUGUACCAUUCCUCCCCAAAUCCAUGACCUUGCCUGUCACCCCAGCUUUGCCCAGGGACACCCAGGCAGCAGUGGAGCCUCCCCAGCCCUCUCUUCUGGCUGUUGGGCCAGGCUGUCCUUCUCUGAAGCCUGCUGCCCCUCCUCAGCUGAUGGGGCUCCUACCUGGAAAUGUGUUCCCUGCUCCCACUCCUGAGACCUCGUUCUCUCUGAGUCCUGCCCAGGGCUCCAGUAUGAUCAUUCACAAGGCUGUGCCCAGUGUGACAGGACGUCCUCUUAUCGCCCCGACCCUGAGAGCGGCGGCGGCGGCACAGGGCAUCCUCCUGCAACGCACCCCUCUUCCCAUCCAGCCCAAGCUGCCCAUCAGCAUUCAGCCCAGACUGGUUCAAAUUAGCCCCAAACCGUCUGGGCAAAAAGCUGCCCCAGGUCUUACGUUUGUGCCUGGGACUGGCUCACCAAAUAUUUUAUUGUCCCAAACUCCAGGCCCAAAGCCUCCUCCUCCACAGCAGCAGGCGACCCAGCAACUCCCCAAGCCUGUCAGCUUACAGCUGGUCAACCAGGGCGGCUCUUUUGUGCUUCAGCCUCAGGGACUCUUCCAAGGCCAAAACCAGUUCCUUCUUCCAGGCCAGUCCUCUGUCACUAUCUCCCAGCCUGCCAGCGCAGCUCGACCGCUGCUCAACCCCAGUCACCAAGGACCGUCAGUUCACAGUGUGACUCCCUCCACCGGGCAGCUUGUCGAUGGUUCUCAGAUCUUAACUGUACCCCAAAGACAGCUGAACUUCAGCCCCGUCUUCACCACCCCUACAGGGCAGCUAGCACUCCGCCAGGCCACUGUGCUUUCAGGACCCUUGCAGCUACAGUCAGCACCCCCCACUGUCUUCCAGAUGCCAGCGCAGCUGGCUGGAACCUACACCCCUGGAGGGCAGGGGCAACGUGCCACACUGGUCCACAGUCCCGCCCUGGGGAACCACAUUACCUUGAUCAACAGUUCAGGGGUGCUGCCCCCAGAUCUCACUUCCAUCUCAAUCGUUAACGGCCCUCCAGUAGUACAGGGGCUGCCUUUUGCCGCCCAGGCCCAGGGUCCUCAGGCAGGAGUGACAGAAGGACAGCUGAACCUCCAGCAGGCCUCUGUGGUGCUACUACCUGAGAGAGCCAUCCCAGAGGAAAUGACCAGCUCUGAAGAGACUUUCCAGCAGAUCCCACAGUCCUAUGGACACGUUCUUCAGCACGUCUCUGUGCAGCCCAGCACUGCAAGGGUCCAGUCCCCCUCCCCUCCCGUAGUGACCGUCCUACAGCCCCCGUCUGAACCAGCUCUAGUCCCCGAUGCAGCCGUGGAGCUUCCCAAACUCUUGAUGCCCCCAGCAGACAUGAGCCAAGCGGUGGAGGAAGUGACCCACUCCAUGACCCAGAACCAGGCCUUUAUACAACAUCUACAGCAGCAAGCACUUAGCUCUCCUAUUACAUCAUCUGAGCUGCUGGUUGGAGCUCUGCCAGUGGUGCCGAUGGAGUCCCUCUCCUCGCCUGUGACCAAUGAGAGAGAGACCCAGCCACAGGCGCAUGCAUGUGUGGAGGCCUCUCCACUCCCCUCAGACCCUGAGGAUACACCCUUGCUCUGCCCCUCCCCUCCCAUUCAGGUCACAGGCAGCACAGCUCCAGAAGGCUUCUCCCCACCAAAUGGCCCACCGUUGGCCACACCUGGGCCAGAUCCUGCAGUUUCCCAGGCCACAGUCCCCCAGCCCCAGAUUCAGCCCCAGGCCCAUCAUCAGGUCCAGGUCCCACAGGCCUUAUUUCCCCAGUCCCAGGCGCAGGUCCCAGUUCAGGCCUCGGUUCCCCAUGUCCAGGUCCAGACUUCAGUCUAUAGCAGCCCCUCCCCUCUGCCUGUCAGUGUCGUGGUGCCUCAGCAGCAGCCUGACCUCAUGGCUGUGUCUGCCAGUCUCUCCAACAGAGGAGAAGACCCUGCUGUCCAACAGCACACACAAAACAAGCCAACAGCUGCCUUGGCCGUGGAGGGUAAAGCCUUUACUCUCGAUGUCCAUCCGCCAUCUCCUGCACCCCAGGGUGUCCAGGGUCACGGGCCCACGGCUCCCAGGGAGCGAGUUCAGGGGCUUCCCAUGCAGACAAGCCAGCAGACUGGCACCAAGCUGGCAGGUCCUGUGGAGCAGGAGAGAGAGGAGAGACUCACACCAGCAAUGCGGAGGCACAGGUUCCAGCAGCAGCUCUGUGUGGACCAUGCAGCGGUGCAGAGUCCACACACUGGCCCGCCCUUCUUCACUGUGGAGGACGCGGUCAGACGCCUGCUGCCCUACCACACCUGUGCCGGUCACCUGCCCACUCAGGAUGACUUCAGUUUAGUGGACCAGGAGUUUGACACUGUGUCAGGUUUCCUGCUGAAACGCACCAAGGACAUGGUCAACAAGUACAGGCAGCUACUGGUUGGAGAAGCGCAGCAGCAGAGUCCGUCAGCGGAGAUGGUGAUGUUGGAGCGGCUCUUCCUCCAGGCCGAGCGGUUCGCUUUGGGCGAGGACAGACGGAGAGCCCGCAGAGACCCAGAGGCGUUUAUGACGGCCGUGGGUACGUCGGCGUCUUCCCCUCAUGGUGCGUUGGCCUCUGGCCCCUCCCACCUGUAUUCCUCCAGCAGCCCCUCUUCCCCCCCAGCCUGGACCAGACUCUCCGACCGGCCCCCGGGCCUCAAGACGUACCGCUCCAGCUCCCGGGGGGGACUCAGGCUCACCAUCAAGCAGGAGUCCGGCUCCCGCAAGGUGGUUCACAACUCAGCCUGUGACCCCGGUCUGAAGCGGGACCACACCGGGCAGCUGACCAAUGGCGGCAGUGCUGUGAACGAACGCAACUCUCAGGCACCCAAUGGGCUGCCCCGACAUCCUCAGCACGGCGAGGAGAUCCCUAACGGAGUUGUUCCUGCCAAAGCCGCCGAGGACGUCCCACCACCCUGCGACAGGGCCGCUGAAGCACAGACAGCAAAUGAUUCCAAAAUAAAAGCCCCGAAUCCCCUUUCUAUGCCAGAGCCAGAGGCUGCCUGCGUUGAGUUGCCUCCUAGAGAUGUCAGUGCCCCCAAACUGAAAUGCUACAGGCCGGAUCCGCCGCCUCGGUCCGAGCAGCGGUCCAGCCCGCCGCCUCUGCCCCUCCAAGAGGACAACAUGCUCAGUGAACAUCUGCAGAGCGCCAUCGAUAGCAUCCUGGAGCUUCAGCGGCUGCAGGGCCCCGCCGCAGCCCAGGCUCGGGCCACGCCUGGCCCCUCGCUGGACCAGGCUGUCACCAGCAUCUUGGGCGGGCACCUGUAAGGUCACCUGUCCCGAGAGAUGUCCGCAUCGCCAUAGGAACACCUGCCAGCAGGCCACAGUUACAGUUAACAUGGGUCAACCAUAGGUGGAGGUGGCUUAGCGGAACAAAUGAAGGAGCACUUGCUGGUAAGCAGGAAUCCUGACUUCUUUUCUGGUCCCAGAACCAAAACAACGGCAGCGUCCGAGCGAUUAAAAGAGAUUUCAUUCUGGGUUUCAGAGGUCACUUUUAAGGAACUGACUGACAGGAAAGUGAGGAAGAUAAGACGAAGAAAAAGAGGCACUAAAAAGAGAUGCAGACAACAGCACUAUCUAUAGUCCGAUAGAUGUUAGAUACUUCAUUUCGAUGUACAUGUUUGUGGAAAAAAAAAAUCUAUUUGAAUAGGAGCUAUAUUGUUUCAGUGGUAGUUUAAAGUCAUUCAGAGGUUUACGACACACUGG